CCGGUCAGUCAGCGAGCGCAGAGCAGCUGAUCGCGCAAAGCACGAGUCACAGUAAAACAUUGGGAACAUUCUUUUGUUCGAGAACAAAGCAUUAAAUCGCAGGAUAAAGGGUCUAAUCUGCCGUGUGUCCAGGAGAGUGAAAAGCGGACAAUGUUUGUGUGUGCACCAGGAGCGUUCUGACAGACUGCCAUAUUCAAAGUCUCAAAUUCCUGGAAACCUUUGUUGCUCCGCAGUCAUGCAGCUGGAUCCCGUGCUGGUUGAAUCCGCCGUGGUGUUCUCUAUGGUGAUCUGCGUUCACUGUGCCGUGUGGAGCCAGCUCUCCUGGUGUUGCAUCGCUCUGGCCAUCCAGGCUUUUUACGUGCAGCACAAAUGGGAUCGGCUCAUUCGGACCGGCGCCGCUGUCUUCCAGUUCCGGCCUUCGGCUAACAGCGGCGUGCUUCCGGCCAGCAUGGUGCUGCCUCUGCUGGGCCUGGCUUUGAGGGGGCACUGCAUCGCUGUGGGGAAUGUUCACAUGGAGCGAUUCACAAUGGUCGUAACAGUGAUCGGUAUGAUGUUGGCGCUAUUCCUAUCACUCAUCGCCCUGGGAAUCACGCGGCCGGUGCCCACAAACACCUGCGUUAUAGCCGGCAUCGCCAGCAGUGCCAUUCUGUACACAGUCAAGCAAACUCUAACAGUCUCUGAGGUGAUCGAAGUCUUGGAGGUGCUGCUCAUUUUUGUAUACCUAAGCUUGAUUCUCUUGUAUCUCCUCCCACGCUGCUUCACUCCAGGAGAGGCGCUCCUCAUCCUCGGCGGGAUCAGUUUCAUCAUCAACCAGCUCAUCAAACGGUCUCUGUCCUCCUCUGGAAACGCAAACGCCGACCCACUCACGUAUUUCCUCCCGGUCGUCGUGUUAGGGUUAGUGCUGCUGGGAAUCUUCUUCGCCCUGCUUUUCGUAUUCAUGGAAUCGGAAACCUGGUCGGCGUCGCUCUUCUUCCACACCAUGACGGGCGUUUUGGGAUUGGGGCUAUUGGUUCCUUGGCUCUCCCUGCUCACGAAGCAUCACCCCAUCACCUGGUUGAUGCAUUUCAUCACCGAAACCAACACUCGUCUUUGGCUGAUCGGAUACUGGGCGGCUUUGUCGCUUCUAGCGGUUGCCGUUGUGAUGCAUCAAAACAGUCAUCGCUCGGCCGGAAGCAAGAAGCAUCAAGCUUCGACGACCGUGCGGAAGUAUUUCCACCUCCUCACCGUACUAACCUUUGCUCCUGGACUCGCACUAGAUCGUGCUUUACUACAUCUAGCCGCGGUCGGAUGCCUCUCAGUGUUUGUGUUCCUUGAAUUCGUCCGCUGUUUCCGCAUCCGACCUCUAGGGGCGCCUGUGCGCCGCCUUCUUACUUUAUUCCUGGAUGAGAGAGACUCAGGACCGCUUAUUCUCACCCACAUCUACCUUCUCCUUGGCGUCGCCCUUCCAGUCUGGCUCACGCCCGCGUCCUGCAUCCCUAAAGGAGGAGGCCUGCUGCCGUACGCUGGUGUGUUGGCUGUUGGAGUCGGCGACACGGUUGCGUCCGUUUUCGGCAGCACGGUGGGUGAGAUCCGCUGGCCCGGCACAAAGAAGACCUUCGAGGGCACAGCAACCUCCGUAUUCGCUCAGAUCAUCGCCGUGGUGGUUUUCCUCAUCGCCGACAGCAGUAUUAACCUGAACGCCAGCUACUCGUGGGUCGUGGGUUCGAUCACAAUGGUGGCCAUGUUGGAGGCGUAUACGUCGCAGAUAGACAACCUGCUACUCCCUUUAUACCUUUACAUCCUCCUGAUGAUUUGAGAUCAGACCCGUUCAGACAAAUCAGACCAUUAUGCCAAUGCACAGAUUUCAGCAGCAUUAAAUUCAUACGUUACAGCCCUAGUAUUGAGAGUCUGGGAAUCAUAUAUAUACACAGUGAAUAGAAAUGCACUGAAAUUUAUUCAAGAACAAACUGUUUCUGAUGGUAUUAUAGAGUGAAACAGACUAGAAAACUACUUGAUAUUGUAAACGACACACGAAAUGGCACAGAAACAGAUGUUUGAAGGUGAAAUGUGUAUUUUUUUGCACCAGUGGCAAUGCUUGUUUGAGACUCACAUGACAACUUUGUCCGAAAACACAGUUUGGUGCCGCUUUAAACGGACAGUCCACUCAACAAGUAUCAUUUACUCUGCCUCAUGUUAUUCCAAAUCCGUAUGCAUUUCUUUCUUCUCUCGAACACGGAAUUUGAAGAAUACUGGUAGCCACAUUUGUUCGCGUCCCAUUGACUUCCAUUGUAUUUUUUCCCCUUUACAAGGAAGUCAAAGAGAGAAAAAAACUGUUUGGUUCCCAACAUUCUUCAAAAUAUAUUCUUUUAAUUUCCACGGACGAAAGAAACUCAUAUGUUUGUGAGUAUA